UUGUAGCUCUCUUUCUAUGUUGAGUCUUCCACGAAAUUUCUUCGUAUUUUAUCCGUACCAUAUAUAUUCAGAGAAAUUCUCUUUCGGGCUUCCUCGAUCUUCCUCCCGUCAAAGCCGCCGGCUGCUCUAAGAAGAAGAUCAGAGACAAUACUUAAUAAUGAACAGUAGAACGCAUUUUGUGCUGGUUCACGGGCUCUGCCAUGGAGCCUGGUGCUGGUACAAGCUCGUCACUCUUCUGCAGGCUGCCGGCCACCGUGUCACCGCCGUGGACCUCGGCGGAUGUGGGAUCGACCCCCGGCGACUGGACGAGAUCCCCUCUCUGUCCGUCUACGUGCAGCCCUUGAUGGAGUUGAUGGCCUCGCUGCCGCCGGUUGAGAAGGUGGUUUUAGUUGGGCACAGCUACGGGGGAAUUCCCAUUUCUCUGGCUAUGGAGAGUUUCCCGGAGAAGAUCUCGGCGGCGGUUUUCGUCACCGCCCUCAUGCCCAGCUAUAAAGAGCCUCCUGCGACUCUCUUACAAAUGUUCAAGGGGAGGACAUGGGUAGAGGCUCUUCUGGACAGCCGACUUGAAUUUGAUGGAGGCCUGGAAAAUCCGCCGACUUCAACAAUCUUUGGUCCGGAAUACAUGGCUUCCUAUCUCUAUCAACACUGCCAACCAGAGGAUCUGGAAUUAGCCAAAAUGUUAGUGAGGCCAGGCGGGUUCUUUGUAGAAGACUUGAGCAAGGAAGGGUUGCUAAGUGAAGGCAGGUUUGGAUUGGUGAAUCGAAUAUACAUAGUGUGCGAAGAAGGCGAAGUGGCCACAGAAGAAUUCCAGCGAUGGACCACCGAGAACAGCCCACCUCAACAAGUGAUGGCCAUUGCAGGAGCGGGCCACAUGGCCAUGCUUUCCAAACCCGAGGAGCUCUGCCUCUGCUUGCAGGAGGUUGCUGCCAAGUAUGCUAUAGCUUGAUUUUAUUAUAUAUAUAUAUAUAUAUAUAUUAAUAUAUAUAUUGCCAUAUAUAUGCAUACAUAUGCUUUGGGGAUGUACGUGGAAGUUGAAGGGAUAUCAUAUCAUGAUAUGCCAUCUCGAUCGCAAGUUUGAAUGAUACUAGCAAUUUAGCAAAUAAAUAAAAUGAUAACAAUAAAUACCAGUUAA